CGAUAACUCGAACAACGAAACAACUAUACUACGUUUGUGAAAUGUCAACGACGACUACUACGACAAAAAGGAGGAUGACGACGUUAAAGAUAAUGUGCAAUCAUGUGAAAAAAACGUACCGCUAAAAACAAAAAUCUUUCAGUAUUUUUAUAAAUUUAAUAUUAAAGAAAAUAUUGUGAUUUUAACAAGAGAAAUAAAAAUUUAAAGAGCAGAGAAUAAUCUCUACGGAGAAGGAACAUUAUCCAUAGUGGAGAAAGUGAGUCAGUUUUUUAAGGGCAAAUAGCGCACGGAUUAAUUUUUCUUAUCAGGCCGAGAAGUUUUUCUCCCUCCUUUCGGCUAUAAUUUUGAUGACACUAUACAUUAUAACAGAGAAGGAGAAACAAUCUUCACUUACUGAAACGACGCAGAAAGAGCUAAAAGCAAGCACACGUCCAGUAUAUUUACCCUGACCUCGGCCAGACGCGGUAUAAUUUAACUUUAUUUCAAUCAGUCGCGAUCCAGUGAUACGCUUGGUUCGUAUUAUUUUCUGUUGACAAAUUUUACGCGUUUUUACAAAAAAAAAGAGAGGAUUAAAAAAAAUUGAAAUCAAUCAGGCUACGCAGCAAUGCUGAAGCCUAUAUUGUUUAUAACGGCCACCGUUUUCGGGCUUGGAUAUGCUUUGAAUGGUGAACUUGUGGAACAAGAAUGCCCGGUUGACUGUCACUGUCACUAUUUUCGCAUCAACUGGGUGACAGAUUGCUCAGAGAGCAACCUUACCAGCAUCCCCUAUGACGAGCUCAGUUCAAAUGUUUAUAUCUUAGACAUGAAUGGUAAUAACAUCGCUCAUGUGGAUCCAUUUCCCCAAGACAUCAAACUACGAAGACUACAAAUGGCUCACAAUCUUCUCACGCAACUCACAUAUGAUUCUUUUGCCGGAUUGGCCUAUCUUUUGGAUGCGGACUUUUCUUACAAUCAAAUAAAAACAAUAGACCCAGAAGCUUUCAGAGACAGCCCGGGACUAAUCACAUUGGAACUUCAACACAAUCCUCUAGCGGAAGUGAAGGGACACUUUUUAAAUUGUCGAACACUAUUGUACCUGGACCUUAACACUUGUGGAAUUCAUCGAUUGAACGAUAGAUUUUUCCACAAUACCACGAACCUGAACAAACUUGAUCUUUCAAAUAAUCCACUCAAUAGAAUUGAGCCUGGACCCUUUGAUCAUCUGACAAAUCUCGAAUAUUUAAAAUUGAAUGCCUGCAAUUUGACUUUUAUCUCGCCAGAUGCGUUUUUACAAUUGGAAAAUCUACGUGAACUCGAAAUGUCUGACAAUGAUCUCAAAAGUCUCAGUUGGACAAGUGUUUUGGCACCGCUUGUACGUUUAGAGCAUUUGGAUAUUCGUAACACUGGAAUAACAAAUCUACCAGGUGAUGCCUUCGCCAAGAAUUUAUAUCUAAGAAAUCUUGUAUUAGCUGACAAUGAAUUGACACAUUUGGAUGUUAGCAAUACACUGGGUCAUAAUCUUCACAGUCUUCAAUCAUUGGAUCUCUCCAAUUGUCAUUUACAAGAUCAAUUGGCUGAUGAAGCAUUUCGAAAUGCAAGCAAAUUGCGCGUUUUGAAUCUCAAUGGAAAUCCAGCUUUUGCUGGUAAUUUAACGGAAGUACUACGUAAUUUACCAACAUUGCAUAAACUUUCACUGAGCAAUUGUAAUCUACAACAAUUACCAAAUGCUUUCGAUGUUCUUAAACAUUUGGAGGAACUUGACGUCUCACACAAUCCACUGUCCGACGCUUUUGUCCGACUUAAUCCCCUCAAGUCACUCGAGUUUCUGGACAUGUCCUAUUGUAAUCUCGGAUUGCUUGGUAACAAAACAUUUGCCCAGACGACUUCUCUUAAAACUUUGAUACUCUCGGGAAAUCGCCUACACACUUUGGAACAAGGUCUUUUCGCAAAUCUCACACGAUUACAAUCAUUGGAAUUGAAGAAUUGUGAUUUACAAUAUCCAGUGGAUCCUAUGGUAUUUGGCGAUCGUGAUUAUAUGAACAUCAUUGAAUUAAAACUUGGCGGCAAUCGAAUUGUAAUACCCAAAAAUGGUCCACUAUUACCAAAACAACUUUCCGGCCUCGAAAUUCUCGACUUAAGCAAUUGUAAAUUGGAAAAUCUUCACAAAAACGUUUUCCUACAAACAAAAAAUCUGACACAAUUGAAUUUGUCCGGUAACAAUAUCAAGGGUCCGGACAAUCUUGCCGGUCUCAAGGAAUUGACACUUCUCAAACAUUUGGAUUUAAGUAGCAAUAAUCUCACAACUAUCCAUUCAAAAGUAUUUAAAUCAAAUCCUGAAUUAUUGACAAUUAAUCUAAUGAACAAUCCAUUUGUUUGCAAUUGCUCGAUUGUCGACAUGUGGGAUUGGGCAAUUGACACAAAGAACGAUCGCAAUAUUCUCGUUGGUAGUCAACCAUCAUAUUUUGCUGCCAACGCAGCCAAAUUACGUAAGAGUCUGUCAUGUUCCUACGAUCCUGAAACUUAUCGUACCAUAAUGGAACAAAAUCGCAGUGCAACAGAUCGAAAACAAUUUUUACGUAAAGGUGAUCAAACGCCAAACAGAACAUGGGCAAAGUACAUUCGCGAAUCAAAUUGCAGCCGAAAAUCAUGAUAUACGGGGGCCGGAUUUCAAAAUUCAAUGACUAAUGCCUACCAGGAGUCGGUUGAUAGGCGUAAAAUAGAACUCUAGAUGUGCUCAUUAUUUUUAUUUUUUUGUAGUUUUCAGCUAUGAACCAGCUGUGAGUACAAUUCGUAUUAGAAUUCAAUAUUUUUGAGAGGAAGCUGGACAACAAAAUUAUUUUUUAUCAAAAAAUUAGUUAAAUAUAAAUAAAAAAUUCUAAAGUGUGCAAAUUUGGUUUAAUGUUGAUUCUGCUUAAUUAUUUGGCUCAAAUUAAUAUUUUUUUUUUGUUUCAAAAAAAAAUAAAAUUAGUCAAAAAAAAAAAAUUAUAUUUGAAUAAAAAAAAAUUUGUUCGUUCAGCGUAAAAAUAAUUGAGUUCUUCUUGAGAUUAUAAAGUUAGGAAUUAUUUUAAACGUCAAUUUAUAUAUUAUAUAAUAGACUUAGAUGAAUGAUCUAGUCCCGAAGUGAUCGUAUUACAUGUAAAUGCGUAUAAGAAAUCAUCAUUAUGACAGCAUUGCUGUAUAUAUUUUAAUUCAAGUCAUUAAACUUUCAAAGCUCUCGAUUAAUCAUAGUACUUUUAAUAAUAAUUUCGUUUGUCCGUUGAAAAUUCAGAAAAAUUAAUUUUCAUGAUUAAUUACAAAAAAAUAGAUAUAUAAUAAAUCAUGAAAAUAAAAAAGAAAAGUCUUAAAUACUCAAUUAUUUUUUAUAUUCGCGGGAACAUAGCUGAACAUGGAAAACAGAAAAUAUAUUGUCAUUGUAGAGUUAAAAAAUAAUUUUUCAUUCAUUGAAUUUUGAAAUCUAGCCGAGAAAAUGGGAAACGUUAAAACGAUUAUUUACAAUAUUUUUUUUUUAUGUUUCUUUUAUCAAUGAAGUUUAUAACGAAUUUCAAGUUAUAUUUCCGUUAUUGUCACAGUAUUACCGAUGAAUUAGAUUACGUCACUGCACGCGGAAACUAAAGUAAUUACGCGUUACAUUCUAGAAACACACGAAGUUGCGAUUUACGAAUAUACGUGCAGGUUUACAAUCAGAUGGCAAUUACAGCUUUUUGCAUUCGCUUUUCCUGGAAUGGACUCUAUAUAUUCAAAGUUUCAUUUAGUUCUUUGAUUUCUUGUUAUUCCUAAAUGUUUUUCAAUACUCAAACAAUGUUGAUAUGAAAAAUCUUGAUAUGAGAAACAGCUUUGAUAACUAUUUAUUUAUAUUUUACGAUUUUUAAAUAAUAAUUUUUGUCUCUUUUUUUUAGAUUCAAUACUCAUUUUUAUCUGUAUCUGUUUUAGGCAAAAACUUAAUCUUUCAUAUAAUAUUCCUUUAGAAUUAUUUUUCAUAGAAAAGAAAAAAAAAAUGGUUUUUUCGAAGAUUAUAGGUUUAUCGUUUGUGAGAUCAAAAUAAGUUUUAGUUAAAAUUGUAUCUACGAUAUAGUUUGAAAGAUAAAAUAGAUAUAUUGAUAUCGAAAAUGGUAAAUAUAUAUUUCAUUAGUACUCAACUGUAACAAGACUGUGUUAAAUAAAAACGCCAUUUUUCUUCGUA